GUAAUUUUUCAUUUCGGUGCAGAAUAUUUUCAACUGAAUUAAAGUUAUUUACAGUGUUUGGAAAUAUGCAAAAAUAGUGAAAAACACAGCACAAACCAGUGUAGUAAUGAUUUCAUCUGAAAUAUAUAGAUUAUAGCCAAGAUUAGUCGUGAAAAUCGCAUGUAAAAAUUCUUUUGUGUGACUUAUACGAACGGGUCUCCGUCGGACGGCCUCGCAAUCGCAUACACAAGCAGCAGUUGAAGCAUUCGCAUUACAUGCUUUGGAAGGAGUGUAUGGGGCUAUACGUAAAAAAGAAAUAAAAAAUUGUGUCAUUGAACGUCUGUGAGUGACAGGAACGAACUCUAAUAAGGAGGAGCUAAGGUAGAACUCAAGGAUCGGCACCCCAUAUCGACUGCGGUUUAAGGUCGAUACCAGCACCAGCACAGUAGUAACAACACACAAACAAGUUAACUUGGACGCAAUAACUGGGGUCAUAACAAUUUGUAACUUUUUUAGUUAAAACAAUGAGAACAAGAAAUACCAUUCCAUAUCUUUCUGCAGUAUCAUAAAUGCGUGAGUGAAGAACGGUGAAAUAAAAUUCAAUUAUCUUUGUUGCUUUCGCUACGUUCCAUGACUAUAUAAAAGUAAAAAAGCGUUAUUUCCGUUCCACACAAUUUGUCGCCAUCCCAGUUUGACCAUAGUCAGUGUACUCGUUCCAAAGACAUUUGUAAUGGGAACAUUGCUAUGUUUAAUAAUGUGAACACCCCUUGAAAACUAUGAAAAAAUUUGUAUAGUGAUAUAAAAAAAAACUAAAAAAGGAAAAGAAGAUACUGUGUUGUAACUCUGUGUAUGUGUGCUGAAAAUUAUUGAAAAACAAAAAAAAAAAAAUCUUUAAAAAACAUACAUAUGUACAUAAUUAUCUACAUAUGCAACAAACAAACCACUAAAAAGGGCAAAACAGAGCUUGGAAGUCAUUGAAAGCGAUCACUCUUACAAGCGGUGGGAGGUGAAGCAAAAACACUAACAGAAAGUGUAGCAUACAUGUUCACAAUACUGGAAGUGGUAAUGAUUGAUGCAUCCUCGCUUAAUUUACUGAUGUUCUAACGAAGAUGGCUAAAGAAGGAACUGAACCGAUUUUAUGAUUUCAAGCCAUACUGUCUUGAAGUAAUUACUGCAACAGCAUUAUCACAUUAAACCUAAUACAUACAACGAUCACGAAGCGUAGAAAUAAAAACACACAAAAUGGGGGAAAACGUACAGUGUCCGGUAUGCACACUGUUCCUGCAUGCUGGCAUGAAUCUCUCAGAUCAUUUGGAGACACAUCCUAAAGAGCAAGUGAUUAAGGCACUUGUGCAAAUGACCAUUUCGGGGAGUGGUGGUAGCGCUGCUAGUACUGCACUGGCCGCGUCAUUAAGUGGCGGUAGCGCACCCAAAGCUGAUCCGGAUGAAAAGCCAAUUCCCGCCACGAUAUCAACUGAUUCGGAUGCAACCAGCAAUUCGGCGACGAGUGGCACAUCCAAUUUUGCCGUUAAUGACACAGCUCAAAUUAGCAGUCAGAGUUUUGCAAAUGCGUUCUGUGGCAUAUCGGCAAUAAAUAAACCGUCGACUUCAACUGCAAGCGCCCCUUCUACAUCAGCGACGUUAAGAGCGUCAGUUGAUGUAGCGGCAAACGCAAACAAUAAGAAGUUAGAGAAUAAAAGGGAGAUCAAAACUGACGCCGGUAGUCUAAGUGAUAAAGUACAAGUGUCUGUCACAACGGCAGUGCCUGCCAACGGUAUUGGGCAAGUGCAGUUACCCGGCCAAUUUGAUGAUUAUGCGGCUAAUAGAUACCACCAAAUGCAACAAAAACAAUUAGCAACCAGUCAAUUAGAGCAGCGACACCAGCAACAACAACAACAGCAAAAGAAUCAACUGCAAAAACCAAAACCGCACAUGGAUAGUGCAAGUGCACACAUAGAAAUUGCACAACAGCGCAAUAUUUUGCCACCACCACCUCCACCAAUGGCAGCAAUGCCACUAGUGGUCGGUCAAGUGCCAAACAAAUUAUUACAUCAAUCACAUUCAAACAAUUUAUUUGCAAGCAAUGCUGCCUCACACCGUCACAUACAAAUGCAUCCGAUCCAACAGCCGCAUCCACAGCUACAACAUCAGUAUCAACAACAGCAACAUGCUCAUAAUCAGCAACAACAACAGCAGCAACAACAGAACUUGAAAAUAUAUUAUUCAGCUGCUUUGCCAACACCACCGCCCACGCUGUUUCCAUUCCACGCAUCAACACAACUGCAACAUCAGAAACCACCGCCCGCUUAUGGCACAGCGAUAAGUCAAAUUCGAUCUCAAAAUAACCAAAACAAAAACAAACAUGCCACUACAGAUAAAAACCACAUACAACAACAACAUCUGCAACUGCAACAACAAUCGCAUCAGCAACAACAGCACCAUCAGCAGCUAACACGCCAGAUACAACAACGUGUCACAAUGCAUGCCACACAAUCACAGGCAUUGGCGAACUGUACGCCAUCGUUGCAACAACUCCACCAGCAUCACCAACAACACACACUUGCAAAUAUACCAACUGCAAACGCAAAAGCUACCAUGGGUACGAAACCAACGGAAUUGCUUCCGCCACCGCCACCACCCACACGUACACCAACCAACUUGCACCAGCUUCACCAACAACAAUUACCACAUACAUUGUCACAUUUUGGUGCUCCGGUCAAAGCUAUGCCAGCCGUACAACAACGAGUUGCAACAGAUGUCAUUGAUGUCAGCAACGCAGCAACAAGUCAAACGCUUCCUCCAUCAACGACUGUAACUGCAUCGGCAGCAACCACCACACCAGCCAUUGUUACCAUGUCAUCGUCACCUGGUAUGCGCCAAAUCGCUUCGCCAUACAAUGCAUUGCUGAUGACAGCUGUGCAAUCUCCUUCGUCGUCUUCAGUGUUACGUUACGCAGAAUCACCGGUGGCGCAUUAUUUGGAACGCGACAACGGCGAUUUUAUAGUCCAGGAAACACCGAAGCACAUUGUGGAAUGCGUUGAGAAGGACAAUGGUGAAUUUUCGGUAAUCGAGCGUAUAUAUCAGUCGCCAUUAAGCGUGUUGCAUAUACACGAAGACAAUGAGAAAGAAGACGAUGAUGAUGAUGAUGCGGAUGGCGAUAACGGUGAUAUUAAAGACAACGAUAGCAAGAAGGUUUCAACAAUCGAUGACACUGCGAAAGCAAACGAAGUCAUACCCAUGGAUAUCGAAUGCGAAGAAAAUCUCUCAGACGAGCAAUUACGGAAAGCUAACAAAUCUCAAGUGAAUGUGAAUGCGCAAGUAAAAGAAGCAGAAACAAGUAGCAAUAAGAGCACUGCAUCAGCUGAUGGUAAGGUACAAACAAAAAUAUACGGUAGUGAUAAAUCAGAUGUGGCAAGCGCCAGUUGCAGCAGCAACACGAAUACAAAUUGCGACAGAACAACACCCCAACAUUGUACAACUUCGAGUGCUGCUCAUGUGGAUGUGAGCAGCGAUCCAAGUUCGUCAUCGAAUUCGAGUGCAAAUGUAAUUAACGAAUCGAAUAUGUUGCCGAGCUGCUCCACAACAAAUGCCAAUCAAACUAAUAAUGCGGCGGGUACAUCGCGCAAACGUAGCUCCAAAAACACUAUUACAGUGCUUAGUGAUGUGCAGCUAAACUUAGAUGAAUACCUCGAUUUGGUCGGUAACAUAAUAGCGUCGAGUAAAAUAACAGCGAAGAGUAAUACGCUACCGAGCACAAUGCCUAUACCUUUGCUCAAAGUUGAAAAGGAAGAGCCACCCGAUGACGACUACGAAGUGCCGACUCCGCAACAGGAACAGGAACAACACAAAUUCGCUGAACGAAAACCAGAGUUUUUCGAAACACAAAAACCGCUUAACGAUUUUCAAGCAUCAACUGUAAUUGAACCACCUACAAUCGCCAACAACAAAAAUGAGACUGAAAAAAUAGUUGAAAAUAAUUGUAGUAGCAAUAAGGUUAGAAUAAAUGACAGUAGUGACAAUGUAAAACCGGCUGACAAUGGCGCUUUGCCGACAACAUCGGCCGCAGGCACGGCGAUGUGCUCAAGUCACGUGACCAGUGUUAUACGCAUGGCAACAACUAGUCAACAACAGCAGACGCAAAAAGAUAUGGCGCAGCAACCAACGAUUGCUUCGGAUGCAACGGGAACACAAUCACGAAGUAUGUUUGACGACGAGCCUGCAUUAGCAGCUCAAUCACAAGUAACAUCAAUAAUUAUACAAGAUUUGUCACGUCAACAUAUAAUACAACUGCAAGAUGAGCAAAACGCGCAUAAUCCACCGCGUCCACUUAAUCCCAUGGAAGACAUACAUGGUUUCUCGCAGCCGCAAGUGGAUCUUACUUCCAAAAUAGAGGAGCAAUCACUGUUGCAUACGCGAGCGCCAACUUCAACCACACUGCCAGUGCAGAAAAGAGGCCCAAAGAAGCUGAUUAUCAAGCCAAAAGCAACAAAGACUGAUGCAAAUGCUAACUACAACAGUAACAACAUCAAUUCCAAUUGCAAUCGGAAUGUGGAUGUUAAAGAUAUAAAUAGUCAAAUAAUCAUUGAAGAAGCACUAUGCGAACAACCAACAACUUCGACAAAAGCACAAAUGGAAAUGCAAGAGAAAAUCCGUCAGUCACAGCAAGACAAAGAGCAGCCCACGCAUCAUACAAUAGCACAGAAAUUGAUUAAAAGUGAACCGAGUUCCUCAGCCUACGACAGCAAUACCCAUAGAAUCAGCAUCAAUGGCAACCAAAAUUUGGCCCAUAGCAUACUUGAGAAUCAUCUAACCUCAAAUGUUGAUAACACUGGUGCACCCAUUAUACAAUGCAAGACCGAACAAGUAGGCGGUGUGCAAGAAGCACCAACAAACUUUCUACAACCUUUCAAAGAGGAAGAUAAAGACGGUAGCAAUUCUAACGAUAAUGCAGCGACUGAUGAUGCGCGCGUCUUGUUGGACUUCGCUAAUUCGAAGAAACACGAGGCACCGCACAACGUCGCAACCAAUUUUCUCUCUGCCAGUUCGAUCUUCUCGAACACCGCAAGCAAAGUGAAUGCGCCAAAGCCAGCAACGUUACACCCUAACAGCAAUACCAGCAGCACCGAGUCACAUGCCGCCUUGCGGUGCGAAGACGAAUUCAUAGCACACGAUGAUGUGCAAGAGGUAGUCAUUUCGUCGUCAUAUUCUCAGUCGCAAUCAGCUUCGGAUGUACCCACCAGUGCCACCAGCAGCACCACCACUUCGCAUGUGAGAGACUUAAAUCUGGUGCAGCAACAACAGCAGCAGCAGCAUCAUCACCAACAGCUGCAACACCAACAACAACAGCAGCAACAACAACACCUGCACCACAACUUCACAGAUUAUCCGUUCAGUUUUCUUUACGGUCACGGUGGCAGCGUUAGUGGCGCAGGCAGUGGCUUACAAGCAGCUGACAGCAAAGGCGGUAAUUUUUCUGCCAUUUAUCAGCAGGCGGCGCAAGACGCCACCACAGCCGCAACACUUGCAUCCGGCAGCAAUACUAUACACACCGAUGACUCUACCAGUUCCACGCAACAGCAACAAACACAUACCAACCACUUUGGUGGCGUACAUGGCAGCGCCGGUGAAAUGGGCAGCACUGCAUCGCAUUGGUAUCACCAUGCAUUGGCCACGGCUAAUGCUGAUUUCGAAGCGGCGCUGGCCGUGGACUGCAAUGCCGCUGUCGACGGCGGUGAUGUGGGUAAAUACUUGGAUCUCGAUACUUGUAAGCGUGAGGUUUUAGUUGGCAUGCCUGGUGCGCCAUCUUCAACUUCAUCAUCGUUUGCUGCUGCCACAGAGAGUAGCUUGGCUGGCGGUUGCACGGCUGAUGCGCUGAACAUACGCACGGAUGAAAAGAUGCCUGCUAAGGGCGAGAUUUCCGGACAAGAGAGCAACUGCGACAUUGAAAACUCGUGGAGUCAACCGAUGUAUGGCGAGAUUUCUGCGCGCUUUUUCAAAACCACCUUUCCCGGCAUAUUCCAGCAUGAGAAUGGUUGGAACCAUGACGAAUAUUUCACUGUACAGGAUUUGAGCGCCUCAGCUGCGGCAACUGGUACGGCACCAGCUAACCGUUCAGGCAAAAGCUUCGAUUUUCGUCUUCCUUUGGAAGCAACUACCUCAGCUGCAGCAAAUGCUACCGGCAGCGGCAAUAGUAAUUUCCAGCUAUUCGCACGACAUACUGAUGUCUUACCAUCCACAUCAACAUCUAACAAGAAGAAACGAAAGCGGGACAGUCAUGGUGGUAGUGGCACUGCCACUGGUCGAGUUGAAAAGGCGACUGUGUCACGCGUUCAACCUACCGCAACCAUUACGUCACAACAGUUAUUAUUACCCCAGCCACAAAGCAGCCAACAACUGCAGGCACAUGAACAGCUACAACAGUUAAGUCAAAAUGCCGAAUCUGCAACUUCAUCGGCGGCAGCUGCUGCCGCUACCAACGGCACGCCCACAUUGGGCGCAGACCAAAGGCGACAGCGCAAGAAAGUCUAUCAGUGUACACAUUGCACGGCAGAGUUUCCCAAGCUGAAGGAUCGCAAUUCACAUAUGAUACUGCAACACAACUAUGUGCGUCAGAAUCGGCGCUUGAUAUGCGUGCAACGUCCAGAUGCCGCUGUGACGGCGCCUGAUGCUAUACCUUCCUCAUCCAAUGCCGUCGCUGGCGGUGUGGACAAUGUGGUAGUGGUAAAUAUGGCUGAAGGUUGCAGUAGUUCGCUUGUGCGUUCUGAUAGCAUGGAAUUCCUGGAGGAUUCAAAACAGGAUAUUGUAAAAAUUGAGGUAGAAAAUGCCUAUCAGCCAUUAGCUGCUGCACCGCCAGCGGUGGCGGCAACAGUUGCCUCUACGUCAACAGCUGGCAACAGUGAGAGUGUUGAUGCCAAGCCAGAGCUAGUUGAUGACAAGCAGGGUAUGCCAUUAUUGCCCGCAAGCAAUGCAAACAUAGCCGGCGGUGUUGGUGAUGUUGCCGGCGACGCACUGGAUACAAAGCCGCUAUUACAACCACUGGCGAUGACCACACCAGCCACUAAAUUGGCGGCGCUUUACCGCAUGUUGGUUUCCUACAAUAUUUCGACACUGAAAGAUAGCCAUAACCUAAGUGAAAUGGAGCAGAAACUCAUUGAACAAUCGAUCUUUUUCUGUUACGUGUGCCGACGCAAUUUCACUUCGGUCAAAUUGUACGAUGCACAUUUGAGCGAGCAUCCCGCCCAAUGCUUUACGUGUGGCAAAACGUUUCAACGUUGGAAGAAUUUCUCAUUACAUUUGAAACGCCACUUGGGCUGGAAGGAGUUCGGUUGUAAUGUGUGUGAGAAGAAGUUCGUGGUGCGCAGCGCGUUGGUGGAACAUAUGCGCAUGCACACCGGACAUACGCCACUCAAGUGCAAAGUAUGCGGGAAAUACUUCAAACGCUAUUCGAAUUUGACACAACAUCGCAAGCGGCACGGCAAGCAAAUCAUAAGGAAGAAGGAGUAUGUUUGCCAUUGCGGUGAGGUGUUACCAUCAAAGGCGCGCUUCCUGUGGCACAAAGAGACACACGAUGCCAAGCCGAAAUGUUGUCCAUACUGUUGUGAUCGCUUCGUGCACGCAAACUCCUUGCGCCGCCACAUACGUUUGGCGCACUCCGACAAGUUCGAUUAUGCCGAGCCGAUGGAGUGUCCCCUGUGCAAGCAAACAUUUGCCAAAUCCUCCAUCAAGGCACACAUGGCCACGCAUUCGAUGGACACACAACAUGACUGUGCAAUUUGCAAUAAAUCCUUCUCCACCAAAUGGAAUUUGAAAAUACACUCUUGGGUGCAUGCCAAUCGCACAUCGAAACCAUUCAAAUGUGAACACUGCCCCAAGGCGUUUGUGCGCGAAGUCGAUUUCAAGAAUCACAUGAAUGCACACAAACAAAUUAAACCGUACACAUGCGAGUAUUGUGGCUGCAAAUUCAUCAGGAAAUACAAUUAUAUGCGACAUCGGCGCGAACAUCACGGCAAUAAGAAGUUCACCUGUGACCUGUGCAAAAAGUCCUUCCAUCGGCAUUACUAUCUUAUCGAACAUCGACGCAUACACACAGGCGAGCGGCCAUUUCAGUGUACCAUAUGCGGCAAAAGUUCCACAACGAAGACAAAUCACAACAAACACUUGAAAAUACAUCAUUCGCGCGAUCCCUUCACCGUCGAGGCGUAAAGUGGUUUGGUUGCACUUUAGUAAUAAUAGUUAUAUUGAGAAGGCGUGGCAAACUGCUGGGAGUUAGUAGAAAUUGUUUGUGGCGUAUCAUGGUUUUAAGAAAGUUUUUCUCCCUUAAUAUCUACGUGUAUGUGUCUGUAAUUUAAAUGAGUAUUAUAAAUAUUACUGAAUUAAUGAAUAACGAAUUAAUGCGGUAAGUAGUUGUUUAGGCUAAUAUUUACAUAUAUAUGUAUGUGUUGAAGCAAACAAGCGGAGUGUUAAAGCAAUACAUAAAAAAUCUAGAUGUGUAAGCCAUUUUCAGAUGGAAUUCGCUUUAAAUAAGUUAAGUUCACUAGCAUACUAAUUUGCCAAAUGCAAGCAUGAAUUAUUUUAUGAAAAUCUUUUAUGAUUUAUCAAGUAUUGGCAAAAAUGUUGAUAAUUUUUCCAAUAUGGUUUAA